AUGCGGUCUCCAACCCUAUGGGCGUUGACCCUAUUUUGCUGGCUUGCCGUGGGAUCUACUUCGUCUGCACUGGUUUCCCACAAGUCUUCUUCCGUACAUUCUGCAGGAGCAACAGAGUCGCCACAGGCAAAACCGACAACAUGGCAGAUGACCCCUCAGCUUGCUCACAACUCAUCCAAGGCACUCCUGCCGCUCUUCCGGCCUUACUCCCCCGACACCCCGGCAUUCAAGAAUCAAAGGCUUCUCAAAGAUCUCGCUGGCAAGCCUAAAUCAUCUGUCCACAAGACUUCGAAUAGUGAUCGUGGCCUUCUUUCAAAACGAGACUCCCUCCCCACUGGAACAUGUGCCCCGGGCACACCAUGUGUCAACGGUGCCUGCUGCAGCAACACCGGUGUAUGCUCGUUCUCUCCGUCUAGCUGUGCAGCAGACGUUUGUAUAUCCAAUUGCAACGCUACCGCCCCCUGCGGUGAAUAUGCGAAGUCAGGCGAGGGGAACUGUCCUUUGAACGUUUGCUGUUCCCAGUUUGGCUUCUGCGGUACCACUUCCGACUUCUGUGGCACGGGCUGCCAGGGCGGAUAUGGUUCAUGUGGAGAUGUCGAUAGGCCAUCUUGCUCCGGUACCUCAGCAGAAAACGGUCGGCGCAUUGGCUACUAUGAAAGCUGGGCUGACGAUUCGAGCUCCCGCCUAUGCGAUCGGAGAUCACCAGACGAGAUCCCGCUGGUCGGUCUAACGCAUCUCAAUUUUGCGUUCACCUUUUUCGACCCGACGACGUUUGAAAUCUCACCUAUGACUUCUGCGGCUGCAGGACUUUAUAAGAGUUUCACUGGCCUCAAGAAAAAGAGCCCAGGUCUUGAGACUUGGAUUUCAAUUGGUGGCUGGACAUUCAACGACGAGGGCAAUACCCCGAACACUCGUACGGCUUUCAGUGACAUGGCUAGCAGCUCCGCAAAUAGGCGCAAGUUUAUUGAGGCCCUACAGAACUUUAUGCAAUCUUAUGGUUUUGACGGUAUCGAUAUUGACUGGGAGUAUCCUGCUGCCGAUGAUCGUGGAGGCUCAGCUGCCGACACAGACAACUUUGUGAAGCUCGUGAAAGAGAUGCGAUCAAGCUGGGGUACUUCGUACGGCAUCAGUGUAACCCUGCCAUCUUCCUACUGGUACUUGCAAGGUUUCGACCUUGCUGCAAUGGCAAGACACCUUGACUGGUUCAAUUUCAUGAGUUAUGAUAUCCAUGGCGUCUGGGAUUCCACGAAUGAGUACACUGGUCCCUACAUUCGUCCUCAUACCAACCUUACUGAGAUUACGGAAGGCCUCGACCUAAUGUGGAUGGCUGGUGUCGAGCCAAGCAAGGUGGUUUUAGGCCUUGGCUGGUACGGUAGAUCGUUCACUCUCGUCGAUCCAUCGUGUUCUGAGCCUAAUGGAGUGUGCAAAUUCAGUGGAGGUGGCAACCCUGGUUCAUGUACCAACUCCGCCGGCACUCUGUCAAUCGCGGAAAUCAAGAAGAUUCAAGCUUCCGGGAUCGCUACUGAGAGCUACGACUCUACGGCAGCGGUGAAAUGGAUUACUUGGAACAGCGACCAGUGGGUGAGCUUCGACGACGGUGUGACCAUGAUGCAAAAGAUGAGCGCCGCAAAUAAGCUUUGCCUUGGUGGUAUCAUGAUUUGGGCAAUGGACAUGGACAACGAUAACGGAGACGCCAUGAGCGACCUCAUGGGCAUUGGUAAAGCCAAUGGUGUUACUUCCGCCCAAGCGGCCAGUUACAAGGAGCAGUAUGAAAGUGCCGCCGAACAGAAUGCUGUCGCGUCAUCUUGCUACUGGAGUUUAUGUGGGGAGUCCUGUAAAAAUUCAUAUUUCGACGUGACAGAAGCUAGAGGGCAAGUCGCGAACGUCCAGCAAAAUUCCGUCUGCCCAGCGGGUGAAUACAAACACUGUGCUGCGCUCCUCAAACGACCAUGGGAACGUGCAAGUGGGAGGGAUUCCGUGGUUAACUCCUAUUCCAUGGACGAGGAUGGACAUACGGCAGACCUGACCUGCACAGGUGGCUACCAGGCAUAUUGCUGCUCCGGAUUUGUUGCUUCUUCGAAGACCAACACAGGAAACAUGUUCCUGUACGGGCAAGGGAUCUUCAGCAAGCGCAGUCUGGAUAGUGGAAUGAAAGAUGUCAUUCUUGCCCGGUCCGGAAUUACUGAAGUCUUGUCAUAUACCGCUUGCGCCCUUGCCGUCGCGGCGUUUGUGGCCGAGUCUCCCGUAACGUUCGGGGUUUCGCUUUUGGGAAUCUCGGUCGAGCUUUCUAUGUGUGCUGCUUCAAGUGUCGCAGUGAGUGCAGGAGGUUUUGCCGUCAAGCCAUCAACUCGAAAAGCUAAGGGCAAUCCAAACGGACAGCCGGCGGCGAAAAAGAUUAACCUCGGUACCGGUAAUGGCCAAAAGGCAAAUUCAGCCUGGCCACAACUGAGCUACUCAUCCAGUAAAGGGGGGCCGUGUGACUGCCAAGUGACAUAUACAUGCAGGUAUGGGAUGGGCUGGGAUGAGGUUUGCGACAAUCAGCGAUGGGCCAUUACCUACCGCCUCAAUCAGCAAAGUGUAUUCGAACCCAAUGCCCUUAGACCGAAUGGUCGGAGGUACUUCUCAUGGUCCAGAAAGCAGCGGGGUAAAGAAUAUCGUACCGCCGUUCAGAUGCCGCGCGCGCCCGAGGGUGCGAGAUGCGAACUUGAUGAAUUCCCCAUGGGAGAUCUCUUUGAAUCGACCAACAACAAUCCUCAAGUCUGUCGAUUGGUUAACGGUAUCGGCAAUAAGAGACAAGGCACUGACUAUGGGGUGUGGAAGAGAAGGCAGUGGAGACCGUGCUCAUCGUAUCGAGUGACUGACUGCAAGCUGCCUCCUCCGUUGGCAACAUGGAAAUUCGGUUCUCUUCCUGGUAAUCGGGGCAUUGGCAAUAUGAUAGGAACUCGAUUCAUCACUGCCCUCGGUUUCGACUCCCAGACUGCAAAUUCAUUGUGCUUUGCCUCCUACACCUACACUGACAGCAAUAACAAUGUUCAGAAUACAAUGGUGGAAGACCAUGGGUUCCGGGUCCUCAAUGAUGAUCCGAUGUUCUACGCGCCAAUGAACUGGCCUCGACAGAACUGGAAAAUCGAUCCAGGCCCCGUCUCAAAUGCUGCUGAGCGCCCAACCUCAGUCAAUAGCGCUGCACACAUGCGCCGUGAUUUCCCAAUUACGGUUGCUAUCAACCAGAGUCUUCCCUUUGACAGUGAAGAAGAGGAAUCAUCCAAGCUCACAUGCAACGCCAUCUACGACGAAGGUCCCACUCUCCUCACAGAAGACAGUAAGCUCGCGUAUGACGUUCUACAGUUUGAGGACUUACUUGGCAAUGAAAUCGACGGCCGUUCCUGCGACGUGAUCUAUGCCGAUGACGAGGGUGGUUUGGUGCAGCUUGUGGUAAACGAGGAUGGCAGCGUGCAGUAUAGCAAGAGUUUCCCUGAAAUUCCGAUUACUAGUGCCGAAGCCCAUAUGCCUACUGCAGAGGCUCAGAUCCCGGGGAGUCCUAUGGAUGGUAACAUCCCUGAGAGUACGUCCGUCAGUUAUGAUGUGGUGAUGAGCCAGGUCACGGCAGCGCCUCACUCUGCCGACCUUGAAUACCACCUGCGUCAUGGUCAUCGUCACCAUCAUUGA